UGAUAACAAUAUAAGAAAAUAUUGAAAUAUCCAACUGAAUUUAUUGACAUUUGUUAUAUUUUUUAAUGAAGUUAUUUGUUAUUUUUUAUAAUUAAAUAUAAGUGAUUGAAAGACAAUGCUUUUAUUCAAACACAAAUAUUAGUAGAUUCUUGUAAAUUUCAAAUCAGUCAUACUUAUUAAGAUAACACUUAUUUUGAUUUAAUUAAAUUAUGACAGAACGUUGGAAUGAUCAUGGUAAACCCCAAAACAAUCCCAAUAGUAGAAUGCCAUUCAGUGGAAAUUUCUCCUCUCAAAAUUCAGGACAAGUAACACAUUUUAAUCAUAAUCCUGCAAGAUCAACUUAUGUAAAUAGAGCACCAAGGUUGCCUUUUUAUCAAAAUGAUCAAACCUACCAAACUUCAAAUACUAAUCAACCUAAUAGAAGUAAUGUAAGUCAUAGGUCUGACGAUAGUUAUCACCAUAAUUCUGAAUUUAGUCUUGAACCUAAAGUAGAAAAUUUUGCAAGACAAAUACAAAAUAUAUGGUCAACAUGGAAACAAAGCAAAGUCUUGUCUGAAACACUAUACAAUUUUUUUGAAUCUAGUCCAAAUCCAUAUACUUCAUUCCUUGCAUUAAUCAGUAUAAUAUCAGAAGACAGAAUCAAAGGAAAAGCUUCUACAAUCAUUCAUACAAUAUCUGAAGAGUUUUACAAAUGGAUUAAAAUUAAAGAAAUCAGUUAUGCUCAUAUUUUAACUGAUGAUUUAAAAUCACGUGCAUACAAAUUAUUGUUAGAAAAACGAAUUGGUUUGAAUACUAUGAAUGUUGUAAAUAAAAUUUUUAAGUGUAAUGAAAGCAUUGAUCUAAUGAUCAAAUUGAUUAAAGAAUCAAUAAGUCAAAAAAAAUUCAAAGAAGCAUGUUAUGCUACAAUGUGUUUAGAUAUUCAAAAUAGAUUUAGCAUUGAAGAUUUUUUAAUACCUCUUUUUUUUCUUAACAUGAUUUCUGUGACAGAAGAAUAUUUAGCUUCCAGUAGAUUUCAGCAAGAAGCUUUGAUUAAAUACUUAGAUAAUUUAUUAAUUGAAAAUGAUGAUUGCCUGUAUCAACUAGCCAAUCGUUUGAAUGUCACUCUUUCCAACAAUAAUUUCAGUAAUAAAAAACAAAUCAAAACCAAUUUGACAAGAAUAAUGAAAAAAUAUAAUAUAUCAAAUGAUUUUGCUCCAAAUAUUACUAAACAAAAAAGAAUUGGGGCUUUAAAGUACUUGUUCUACAGGUAUCAAAGUGGUACUUUAGGUGUUGAUGGUUGGAGAGAAAUGACUUUAGAGUCAAUUGGUGAUGAUAUUGAACUUGCACUAGAAAUAAUAAAAAUAUUAGAUCAUAAUAGUGAAUUUCAAGAAGCAAUUUAUAUAGCGCAGUUAUUUUCUAUAGACUCGUAUUCUCUACCUCUUUCAUUACAACAAGAAAUGUUGUACAGAAAUAAUGCAAGUGUUUCAUAUGUUGACCAACCUUUAGUAACAAAUGACGUAACUACAUUUGAUUACUAUGAAUUAUCGUUAUCAGAAAAAGAUAUAUACAUAAUUGAUUCUACAUCAAGAUUUGAUGAAUUUCUAGACAAAAUAAAUAAAACGUUUGAUGAUGGGUGUUCAAAUUUUGUUGGUCUAGAUUGUGAAUGGAAACCAGAGUUGACUAGUGAAAAAAGUGAUCUUGCUUCCAUUCAAUUGGCUACUAAUAAUGGAAUUUAUAUAUUUCACAUUCCACAAUUGCAACCAGCUGAGAACUAUAGAUUAUAUUGGCAAGAGUUUUCAAUGAAUAUAUUUAGUAAUAUCAACAUUUUAAAAUUGGGUUUUGAAUGGAAAGGUGAUGCAUCAAUGAUAAAAUCAACAUUACCUAUUGAUAAUAUGUUAAGUGGACCUGGAUUUCUUGAUUUAAAAUUACUGUGGAAAAAACUUGAAUCUUAUUACAAUUUCCUUCUUCCUUUCCAGGAUCCUAGUGACGAUAUGAGUUACAAUAGUCUCUCAGAUCUUGUUAAAUUGUGUUUUGGAAAACCUUUAAAUAAGACUGAGCAAUUUUCCAAUUGGGAAAAAAUCCCAUUAAGGCCUAGUCAAAUAACUUAUGCAGCAUUGGAUGCAUACUGCCUUAUUGAAAUAUAUAAUAUUUUUAAAAUGUGUUGUGAUACCAAUGAUAUUCCAUUGGAAGAAAUAUGUCAAAAAAUUAUGAACAAAGGUUAUUCUGAAGUAUCAAAACCUAAACUAAAAAACAAAAAACACAAACCAAAAUUGUUAAAAACCAAAUGUGAAAAUUCAAUAUUUACCAAUAUUUCUGGAGUUAAAGAUUUCAAAAUGCUUGUUCCCAAUACUUUAGAAAAAUUAGCUGAACGAUUAAGAAAAUGUGGUAUUAACUGUACUAUUGUGGAUCGAUCAAAAUUAUAUAACUUUGAAAGUGUUAUUAGUCAAAUAAGAGAAGAAAAUUUACACUUUAUAGCUUUUGGACAUUUGUACCAGAAAGCAGCUGAAAUACUGCCAAUUGGUCAAUGUUAUUGCGUGCAAAAUCAUAAUCUAGACGAUCAAUUACAAGAAGUGUUAAAUUAUUUCAACAUAAUGGUAAAGAAAGAUGAUUUAAACAGUCGUUGUCAGUUUUGUAAUAGUGAUAGUUAUGAGUCAGUUAGUAGUUCAAUAAUGCAAAAAAUAUACAAUUCAAUAAUUAGUUCUGCAAAUAAAUCUGUCAUAAAAAGUGGUCCACCUCCUCCAGACGAGGAUGAUAUUUAUGACGACUACAGUAAUUUUGAUGAUGAAAUCUCGGAAGACGAGGGUACAGCUCCUCCAUGCAAUUCUAAUUAUGUAGCAUCAUCUGCUUCUUGUGGAAUGACUAGUAGUGAUCCAUAUAGUCAACUUUUGACUGGUUUUACUUAUGAAAAUUGGGAAAUAAAUAUAAAGCCUCUAUCACCAGAUAUGUUUAAAGAUCCCACGAGAGUAUUUAAUAUAUGCAAUAAAUGUGGUUCAGUUGGUUGGGAUAAUUCGCAAUGGGAAAGUGCUUUAGGAAUUAGUUUAGGUAUUCAAAAUAAUAAGAAUUAAUCUUAUUUAGUUCUUAAUUUAUUACAAAAUCAA